AUGAGAAGUCACAACAAAGAGCCGGGUGAGGUCCAGCUUUGCGGUAUACUGGUGUACGGGAAAGAGGAGCUGAUCGAGCCGCCUUAUUUAAGGCUCGUCAAGGAAGAAAUUCAUUAUAAAUCUUUUCUAUCUUCUUCUGGUCUUUGUUUUUUCUAGUUAGGUCUGCGGCACCACAAUUGUAAAUCUAUCAAGAACUACAUGGUUUUAUGAGGUUGCCUCACAGAAAGAGACUCGCCAAGCAUCUUAAAUGUUGUGUUAUAAUUAUCAUGUUGUCCUCAAGUUCUCUUCAGGUAGCAGGACGAAAGGUAUAGUUACAUCCGGGAGGACCACACACGCAUGUACAUUACAAGCGAGCUCCUCGCUAUCCCUCUUCCUCUAACGUUUCCUGUAGGCUCUUUGAAUGCUGAGGCAAUAGCUACACAUGGCCCGAAGCAAGAUCGAAACGUAUACGAUGUGAGCCAAGCCCCCUUGCAUUACUUCGGAAGCGAGGAAAACACUGAGCACAAGCUUGGCUUCAUGUGCAUCAAAGCUCUUAACGACCAAGCCAACGGACACAAGUGGGCCUGGUGUUAAGGUCAGCUUUUUUUAGUGUCCAUCUUUCUCAGCAUCUCGAUACGACCCUUCUCCCUUGUAUAUUAUUUGAUAGGAACGAAAGGGGUCGAGAUGGGCGGACCCAGAUGAAUGAAAGCAAAAGCUGACAACUCUAAUGGUGGCGUCUAGAGUGGAAAGGCGGGGCAACUCGAUAUGUAGGCAGAAUCACAAUCCGAAAUCGUUCGCAUCAGUGGCAAUACGGGUACAACUUCGAGAUGGUUCUCGAUGACCAAGAAGCGCAUGUUAUGAAGAUGUACUUAUUGGUGUUGGUAUUCUUUUUAGAAAUUUUUUUGACCACGUCGUAAUUGUUUUUAGAGCGCCGGCAUUAUAAAAAUACCAAGAACAUAUAGAUAUAGAAGAAAAUAUGAAAAUAGAUUCCUCUAAUCUCCGUGGCCUCAGUAUGGG